AUGUCUUGCCUUUUUUCUUUUUUUUUACCUCUUUUUGUCUUCCCUUGCAUUUUUUUUUUUUUCAUUUUUCUUGCUUUUUCUCUUCUGUUAUUUUUUUCAUGCAUUUGUUUGCCUUUCAUUUUAUUUUUUUUUUUAACUUGCAUUUAUCUUCUUGCAAUUUUUCCAUUUUUUUUUUUUUUUCUUUUUUUUUUUUUUUUUUUUUUUCUUGCAUUUCUUUUUUUUUUCUUUUUUUUUGCAUUUCUUUUCUUCUUUCUUUUCUUUCAUUUUUUUUUUUAUUUUUUUUUUUUUUCUUCUUGCAUUCUUCUUUUUCUUUUUUUCAUUUUUUUCUUGCAUUUCUUCUUUUUUUCUUCUCCCAUCUUCUUUUAUUUUUUCUUGCAUUUCUUUUUUCAGUCUUUUUUGCUUUUCUUUUCUUUCUUCUUUUAUUUUUUUUUGCUUUUCUUCUUUUUUUCAUUUCUUUUUUUUCUUUUUUUAUUUUUUCUUGUCAUUUCUUCUUUCAUUUUUUUUUUUCUUUUUUUUAUUUUUUUUUUUUUUCUUUUCAUGUCUUUUUCAUUUAUUUUUUUUAGUCUAACUCUUGCAUUUAUCUUCUGUUUUUUCCAUUUUUUCUUGCUUUUCUUUUUUUUCUUUCUUCUUCUUCAUUUUGCAUUUUUUUUCAGUUUUUCUUUCAUUUUUCUUUUUCUUCAUUUCUUUUUUUUUUUUUCUUUUUUUUGUCUUCUUGCAUUUCUUCUUUUUUUCUUCUUUUCUUUUUUUUUUUCUUGCAUUCUUCUCUUUUGCUUCUUUUUUUUUUUUUUUUUCUUCUUUUUUCUUUUGCUUCUUUUUUUUUUCUUGUUUUUCUUGCAUUUCUUCUUCUUUUUUCUUUCUUUUUUUUUUUUUUUUUUCUUUUCUUCUUUUUUUCAUUUUUUUUUUUUUUGCAUUUUUUUUUUUUCUUGCAUUUCUUCUUCUUUUUUUUUUUUUUUUUUUUUUUUCUUGCAUUUUUCCUUUUCUUUUUUUUUUUUUUUUUCUUUUUUCAUUUCUUGCAUUUCAUUUUUUCUUUUAUUUUUCUUGCAUUUUUCUCUUCAAUUCUUUUCUUCUUUUUUUUCUUGCUUUUUUUUCUUUUUUUUUUUAACUUGCAUUUUCUUCUGCUUUUUUCUUGCAUUUUUUUUUUUUCUUAUUUUUUUUUUUUUUUUUUUUUUCUUUUGUCUUCCCUUGCAUUUCAUUUUUUUCUUUUUUCUUUCUUUUUUAGCUUCCCAUCUUCUUUUCCUUCUUUUUUUUUCUUUUCUUGCAUUUUCUUCUUUUUUUCAUUUCUUUUUUUUUUUUUUUUUUUUUUUUUCUUUUCUUUUUUUUCUUUUUUUCUUUUUUUUUUUCAUUUUUUUUUUCUUCUUCUUUUUUCUUUUUUUUUUUUUCUUGCAUUUCUUCUUUAGUCUAACUUCUUCUAUCUUCUUUUUUUUUUUUCUUCAUUUCUUCUUUUUUCUUUUUUUCUUUUUAUUUUUUUUUCAUUUCUUUUUUUCUUCUUCUUUUUCUUUUUUUUUUUUUAGCAUUUUUCUUGCAUUUCAUUUUUUUUUUUUUCUUGCAUUUCUUCUUUUUUUCUUUUUUUUUUAUUUUUUUAGCCUUUUCCAUUUUUUUCUUUUUUCUUUUUUUUUUUCUUUCAUUUCUUCUUUUUUCUCUUCUUCUUUCCCCAUUUUGUCUUUCCUUCAUUUCAUUUUUUUUAGUCUUUCUUUUUUUUUUUCAAUUUUCUUCUUUCUUUCUUUCUUUUUUUUUUUCUUUAUUUUUUUCUUGCAUUUCUUUUUUUCUUCUUUUUGCUUUUCCUUUUUUUUUUUGCAUUUUUCUUCUUUAUUUUUUUCUUUCUUUUUUUUUUUUCUUCUUUUUUUUUCCUUUCUUUCUUGCAUUUCUUUUUUUUUUUUUUUUUUCUUCUUUUCUUCAUUUCAUUUUUUAGUCUUUCUUGCAUUUUUCUUCUUUUCUUCUUUUUCCAUCAUCUUUUGCUUCUUUUCAUUUUUUUUUAUUUUAAUUUCUUCAUUUCUUCUUUCAUUUUCUUUUUUUUUUUUUUUCAUUUCUUUUUUCCAUUUUUUCUUAGCUUCUUUUUUUUUUUCUUUUCAUUUCUUUUUUUCAGUCUUCUUGCUUUUUUUUUCUUUUUUUUGCAUUUUCUUCUUGCCCUUCUUUUUUUUUUUUUUUUUUUUUCUUUCUCAUUUCUUUUCAUUUUUUAUUUUUUUUUUUUUCUUUUUUCUUCUUGCAUUUCUUCUUUUCUUUUUUUUUUCUUGCAUUUCUUCUUUUUUUCUUCUCCUUUUUAUUUUUUCUUGCAUUUCUUCUUGCAUUCUUCUUGUAUUUCUUUUAUUUUUUUCUUGCAUUUUCUUUGCAAAUUUUUUAGCCUCUUAA